AGGGGGAAGAUCGUGACGAGAGAUGGCGCCGCGGACGACGUCGUGGCGACCGUGACCGGCGCGUCGUCGCCUCUUUCUUUGCGGCUCGUUUCGCGCUGUCUUCCUCUCUCUCCCUCUCUAUUUGGACUCCAAUGUCCAGCUGAAAAUUUGAAGGGGAAAAAGGUGACCCAGGAUCUGUCGAGCUUCUUCUGGUCGAUAUCAGCAAGUGGCAGACGAGGAAAGGAGAGAAAAAUUCGAUCUUGGUCGGUUGUUACGUCGACCCAGAAUUCCAUUUGCUUGAAUUGUCUUCGUGUUCGAGCGGAUUUCAAGUGGGUUUGGGGAGAUGGGUAAGGGAGGCGGCUGUGUUCCCAGCAAGAAGAAGCUCUCCGGCGUCGCCGCCGACGGCGAGCGGGACUCGGUGCCGAUCCCGGUCGAGGUCGAGGUCGAGGUCGAGGUCGAGGACCAGGUCCAGGAGGCCGAGCCGAAGGCCGCGCCGGGCGUGGCGAAGCUGAGGGUGUUCAUCGUGUUCUACUCCAUGUACGGCCACGUGGAGGCGCUGGCGAAGAGGAUGAAGAAGGGGGUCGACGGCGUGGACGGGGUGGAGGGGGUCCUGUACCGGGUGCCGGAGACGCUGUCGCCGGAGGCGCUGGAGAAGAUGAAGGCGCCGCCGAAGGACGAGGCGGUCCCCGUGAUCGGAGCGGGGGAGCUGGUGGAGGCGGAUGCGGUGCUGUUCGGGUUCCCGACGCGGUACGGGUGCAUGGCCGCGCAGAUGAAGGCCUUCUUCGACGCCACUGGCCAGCUGUGGAAGGAGCAGAAGCUCGCAGGCAAGCCGGCCGGGUUCUUCGUGGGCACGGGCACUCAGGGAGGCGGGCAGGAGACGACUGCUUGGACUGCAAUCACCCAGUUGGCUCACCAUGGGAUGCUGUUUGUUCCGAUUGGGUACACUUUUGGUGCCGGUAUGUUUAAAAUGGAUGAAAUCCGCGGGGGCUCCCCAUAUGGUGCUGGAGUUUUUGCGGGCGAUGGGUCGAGAGAGGCCACAGAUGCGGAGUUGGCGCUCGCAGAGCAUCAGGGCAAGUAUAUGGCUGCAGUUGUGAAGAGGCUCGCCCUGGCUUGAUUGAUGAUUCAUCUUCUGAUGUCAAGUUGGUUCCUUGUUUCUGUUUAUUCAUUCAGAUAAUAAUAUAUAUUCUUUCGGGCAAUUUGAAGAGUCGUCGGAGUCAUCGAAAGUUAAUGGUUCAGUUCUCAGUUCAUGUGUCUUGUGCUCGAAAUUCUGUAUAUGUUGCAUGAAAUCUUGUCGCAUUGUUUCAAACGAUACUGUAAGUCAUAAAACGAGUUUCCUUAUGCUGGAAUUUUGGCCCCGUGAAAGGGAAUUUUGGACGA